CUUUAAAAUGUAAUCGUCCUCAGGUCAAAGGUGAAAACAACAUGGCGUCGCUCAUGUUGGAGGUGUGCCGGCCGGUGUGUAAAAUGUGUGCGAGACGCCUUCGUCUGAGCUGUCUGCGAAAUAAAAGUGGACUUGUAAGACAGAAUGGACUCAGGAGAUUCAGUACAAGUAGUGAUCACGACAGGAAAGUCUUAAGUUCUCAAGAAAUUCGGAAGACUUUCCUGGACUUCUACAAGGUGAAGUACGACCAUCUGCUGGUGCCGUCCUCCUCCGUGGUGCCCAGAAACGACCCGACUCUGCUGUUCAUCAACGCAGGCAUGAACCAGUUUAAACCACUUAUCCAGGGAACAGUGGAUCCAAGAAGUGACAUGGCAAAGUACAGAAGAGUGGUGAACAGCCAGAAGUGCAUCCGGGCGGGCGGGAAGCACAACGACCUGGAGGACGUUGGUCGGGACUGCUACCACCACACCGUCUUCGAGAUGCUGGGAAACUGGUCUUUUGGAGACUUCUUUAAGAGAGAAGCCUGUGCCAUGACGUGGGAGCUGCUGACUGACGUGUACCGGAUCCCUGCAGACAGACUUUACGUCACGUACUUCGGGGGCGACCCUGACCUUGGGCUGGAGGCUGAUCUGGAGUGUCGGGAGAUCUGGGCCAGCCUGGGGGUUCCUGCAGCCAGAAUCCUGCCCUGUGGGAUGAGAGAUAACUUCUGGGAGAUGGGUGACGUGGGGCCAUGCGGGCCGUGCACGGAGAUCCACUACGACCACCGCGGCCAGAGGGACGCCAGCCGACUGGUCAACACGGACAGUCCCGAGGUGGUGGAGCUCUGGAACCUGGUCUUCAUGCAGUUCAACAGAGAGUCAGACGGCACCCUGCGGCCGCUGCCCCGACACGUGGUGGACACGGGGAUGGGUCUGGAGCGGCUGGUCGCUGUGAUGCAGGGGAAGCUGUCCAACUACGACACCGACCUCUUCUCACCGCUACUGCACGCUAUUCACAAGGGCACCAAAGUGCAGCCAUACUCAGGCCUGGUUGGUGGUGAAGAUGUGGGCGGGGUCGACGAGGCCUACAGGAUCAUCGCCGAUCACGUUCGUACGCUGACCAUAGCGAUAGCCGACGGGGUCAUGCCAGGUCAGCAGUGGAGAGAGCUGGUGCUGCGUACCAUCCUGAGGAGAGCGGUCCGAUACGCCCAAGAGAGGCUCGGCGCGCCCGAGGGACUGGUGGCCAGCCUGGUGCCGGUGGUGGUCCAGAACCUGGGUGAGGCAUUUCCAGAGCUUCUGUCUAAUCAGGAGAAAGUGAUGGACACCAUUAAUGAAGACGAGGCUCUCUUCCUGUCCAACCUGGAGAAGGGGAAGAAGCUGAUGUCUAAGACGAUAAGGAAACUGGACAAGUCAGCCUUCUUUCCAUCUGAGGUUGGCUGGUUCCUCCACAACUCCCUGGGCCUCCCCACUGACUUGGUACAGUCCAUGGUGACUGACAGAGGCUGCAGGAUGGACAUGGAGCACUACAGCAGGAUAGAGGGGGAUGCGCUACAGAAAAAAGCUCAGGGUCUGCAGAUUGCCCAGGUGCCUACUCUUGAUGCCCACAGUCUGCAGCAGCUACAAGCCUUAGGAGUGCCCCCUACUGACAACUCGCUCAAGUACAACUACAGGCUAACAGAGUCAGGAAAAUAUGAUUUCCCAUCCCCUGACGGGCGUGUGCUAUCCCUGUAUAGGGCCAGAGAGCUGGUAGACAGUGUGGGACCAGAUUUCCCAUCCCCAGAGGGGCGUGUGCUAUCCCUGUACAGGGCCGGAGAGCUGGUAGACAAUUUCCCGUCCCCAGAGGGGCGUGUGCUAUCCCUGUACACGGAAGGACAGCUGGUAGCCAAUUUCCCGUCCCCAGAGGGGCGUGUGCUAUCCCUGUACAUGAAAGGAGAGCUGGUAGGCAGUGUAGGACCAGGCGACGUCUGUUCUGUUAUCCUGGACAGGUCCUGCUUCUACCCAGAGGCUGGGGGGCAGGAGAGCGACCAGGGAAACAUGACCAAAAAUGAGGUUGUGGUGUUCACCACUGAUAAUGUGCAGGUGUGUGGAGGGUACGUCCUGCACCAGGGACAGGCACAAACUUCCCUCACGGUGGACGACACGGUACAGCUCAACAUAGACCAGGAACGUCGGCUGAGCUGCAUGCAGAGGCACACGGCCACCCACCUUCUGAACCACGCCCUGCGGGAGGUGCUGGGGGAGGCGUGCGAGCAGCGAGGGUCACACGUGGGACCGAACAGGCUCCGCUUUGACUUCUCCGUAAAGAGCCUGCCCAGCCCAGCAGAGUUGAGGAGAGUAGAGGAGACAGUGCAGGCCAUGGUGGACAGACAGGAGUGUGUUUACACCAGAGAGGUGUCGCUAACAAACAAACAAACAAACAAACAAACAAACCAGUGUUUCUAUGUUUCCUGUAGAGCCUGCCCAGCCCAGCAGAGUAGCCUGCCCAGCCCAGCAGAGUUGAGGAGAGUAGAGGAGACAGUGCAGGCCAUGGUGGACAGACAGGAGUGUGUUUACACAAGGGAGAGCCUGCCCAGCCCAGCAGAGUUGAGGAGAGUAGAGGAAACAGUGCAGGCCAUGGUGGACAGGCAGGAGUGUGUUUACACCAGAGAGAGCCUGCCCAGCCCAGUGGAGUUGAGGAGAGUAGAGGAGACAGUGCAGACCAUGGUGGACAGACAGGAGUGUGUUUACACCAGAGAGAGCCUGCCCAGCCCAGUGGAGUUGAGGAGAGUAGAGGAGACAGUGCAGACCAUGGUGGACAGACAGGAGUGUGUUUACACCAGAGAGGUGCCACUAUCGCAGGCCAAAGAGGUGGAGGGCAUCAGAACUAUGGAUGAGGCUUGUUUAUUUUUUUGUUUGUUUAUUUAUUUCCAGGAGUACCCUGACCCAGUAAGAGUUGUGUCGGUAGGCACUCCUGUAGAGGAACUGAUGACAAACCCGACCAGCGGAGCUGCAUCUCUGACCUCAGUUGAACUCUGCUGUGGAACGCAUGUUCACAACACGGCAUCCAUCAAAGCCUUUGUUAUCAGCUACGAGAGAAGAAACGAGAUCGGAUCACGUCGGAUAAUAGCUGUCACUGGGGAUGAGGCAGUGGAGGCGAGGAAGACUGGUGCUGAGCUUGAGGAGAGAGCCAAGACUCUGGAGAGGCUCGUCUUACAAGAGGAGACGUCUUCACUCGAGGAGAUGGAAGGAGUUUACAGGGAUGUCGGCAAGCUGAUCAGGAGAGUAGACACAGCUAGCCUCCCCUUGUGGAAGAGGCUGGAACUGCAGGUCAGUCUGGAUCAGCUGCAGAGUCAAGCCAACAGAGCUGUGAAAAAACUGAGGCAGCAAAAUGUGGAAACAGUUGCCCAGAAAGUUGCCCGGACCCUGGUAGACAGAAAUGAAGACGUCGUUCUUGUUACCGACACGGGACUAGGACCCAAUCUUAAGGUUCUGCGUACGACAGUGAGAAUCUGCAGCGAGCUGGCCCCAGACACACCCAUCAUGCUGUUUGGUACAGACCCCAGGACGGCCUCCGUCAGAGUGGCUUGUAAGGUGCCGGAGGCGAUGUUAUCGCGGGGACUGGGCGCCCGUACCUGGCUGGACCAGGUGAUGGCGGACAUCAAAGCGAAGGGGCGCGGCGACGAGAGGUCGGCAACGGCCGCGGGGGGAAACCCGUCCGGCACGGAAGCCGCCAUCACGGCAGCCAGGAGAUACGCACACAGAGUUCUCAGAUGAUAGCGACUCACUCACACCAAUCUAUUCUCUACAGACAUAUUACAGUUACUCGUAUUUGUUGUAUAAUACAAUAAACCUGUAUAUAAGGACCACUGGCCAAUGUGAUCACUUUUUGGUGACAAUUUUUUCAUUCAAUCUCUUUUUUAUUAACAUAAAUGAAGACUAUGUUGUGCCCACCCUCCCACACAGGGUUGACUCUCUCGGCAAUGCCUUACUAUAUCAACCCUGCCUUUCCAGCCUCAGAAAAAUGGGGUACUAAAUGGCUACUAACUGUCACCCAAUCAGAGAAAUGCCUUCAAGUUUGUGUUGUCCAAAAAAGGUGCCAUAUAAGGCCCCUCAUGAAUAAAAGCAAGAUGACAGUACAAAAUGUACCUGUAUAAUGUUUCACAGUUCUUUCUGAGUUGUUUACUAGGUACCAAAUUUAAGAUUUGCCAGUUCUGUGGGUAGAAUGCAACCAAGGCACUUCUGAAUUCGAGCUAAGCAUACGAAGAAACCAUUAUGAGAAAAUAACAGAUCAUGGUGCACGCCAAAUCAUAUGCUGUUUGUUAAAAAAUCAGGCAAGAUCAUUAAUAUUCAUAAGCAAGACACCCCCAAUACCAUUUUUAUAAGGAUGAAAAGGCAGGGUCGAUAUUGUAAGGCAUUGCCAUGAGAGUCAACCCUCUAAAAUAGAAAUUGGACAACUCUUCUGUUGCAGAAUUUAUUGAAAACAAUAAAUGGCUUUCUUUACAUCAUCCCCAUAAGCUCCUUGCUAUUACACAUUGACUGUAUAUGAACUGCAAAACAUUCUAAACUGAACAAAAAAUACCCCAAUGUUCUACAAGAUAAAAAUUACAGCAGCACUGACCACCGAAUACAAACAACAACAAUCUUUCAAAUCUUCUGUAACAAUACAUUUGUAUUUGAUAUACAAAAAGUAUGUUUCAAAGAACAUUUCAAUUUAUUACAUAUACGGCUAAUUAUAUGGAUUCCCUUCCAUAUUGGAAUACAUUCUCUGGGUAACUGGACCAUUGGGUGAGUUCUUUACAACUUUGCACUGGUAAUGCAAAAGCAACAGUGUAAUUCACACCUAUAUAUUUAACUUACAGCAUAGAGAACUCUCAACUGGAAAUAAUCUAGGACGGGCAGCGAUAAACUUAA